AUGAACCCAUCACAGGUCGUAUCUUCCCAGCUGGCCGGCGUCAGCUUCGACCAUCUGUCUAGUCACGAUAUCCGAUCCAUCUCUGCCCGCCGAAUAACCAGCGCUACCACCUUCGAUACUCUACUGAAUCCUAUACCCGGAGGCCUCUACACACCUGAGCUGGGUCAAUUCGGCGACAACCCUUGCGCGACAUGCGGUCUCAAGAAUCCACAAUGUCCGGGACAUCCAGGUCACAUCGAACUGCCAGUCCCAUGUUAUCACCCCACCUUCAUGGACCAAGUACUCAGAUUGCUACGCGCAGCUUGUCUAUACUGCGGAAAACUCAAGAUGAAGAGGAUAUUUGUCAGCAGAUUCAUAUGCAAGCUCAGGCUGGUAAAGUAUGGCUUGCUCAAGGAAUUGAACGAGCUGGACGACAUGGAGUUCAAGUCUGGUGGAAAGCAAGUGCAGCUGGAUUCUGAGGACGAGGAGGAGGGUGAUGUGGACGCGGAUUCAAAAGCGAUCGCAUUGCGCUUCGAGAGCUUUGCGAACGACACGAUCAAGAAGGCCAAGAGGAAGGGCGCUCUAUCAACAUCCAAGACCGAGGCGACACAGGCCGCGCGAGCAGCUAUAAUAAAGGAGUUUAUGCAGAACAUCAACAAGGGCAAGACUUGCGGUAAUUGCAAGGGCGUCAAUCCGUCUUACCGAAAAGAUCGAUUCGUCAAGAUCUUCCGCAAGCAAUUGUCUGAGAAAGAGCAUGUGAAGAAUGUGCAGUCUGGCAUCAAGGCAUCAAAUGCGCUCAUUGAGCAGGCGAAGAAGAGACGGGCGGAGAAGAGUCGUAAGCGGAAGAGGGAUCAAGAUGAAGCUGUUGCAGACUUGGAGAGAAGCUCAGAGGAAGAGAGCGAUGAUGUCGGAUCGGAGGAGCCUUCGGAAUCAGAGCCAGAAAUUGCGGGCGGGAACAUGCUGGACGACACUGCUGAAGAAAGAGGUUCCGGCAGCAAGACGUCGACGAAGAAGGCCAGCGAAGAAUAUUUGGACCCGAGCCAAGUGCAUGCGCAGCUCUCACUACUCUUCGAGAGAGAUCCCGAGAUCCUUGGCCUGGUGUAUGGCGUUGAUCCAAAGAAGAGCGGCUUGGGCCCUUCCCCGGACAUGUUCUUCAUCCACACAGUUCUAGUGCCUCCGAACAGAUUCCGACCGGAGGCCAAAACAGGCGACGGCGAAAUCGCUGAAGCUCAAGAGAACAGCCUAUACAAGAACGUUGUGAAUGCUUGCGAUAUGCUGGCCGAAAUCCAGAGAGAACUCAACCCGAAGCUGAGCGACAAAGAGAGGCCAGCUGAUAGUAAUCGAGCUCGACAACGGACGUUUGCAGACUUCCAGAACACAUGGCUGCAACUUCAAGAAAGCGUCAAUUCUUUGAUCGAUCGCAAUUUGUCACCAUUGCAGGGCAAAGCCGGAGCCCGCAAUCCAGAUGGCGUUAAGCAGAAGCUUGAAAAGAAAGAGGGCAUGUUCAGGAAGUAUAUGAUGGGGAAACGUGUGAACUUUGCCGCGCGUACUGUCAUCUCUCCGGAUCCAAACAUCGAGACGAAUGAGAUUGGUGUACCUCCUGUGUUCGCUGUGAAGCUCACAUAUCCUGAACCAGUCACACAAUGGAACAUCGAAGAGAUGCAACAGGCUGUGCGUAAUGGUCCUUACAUUUGGCCUGGCGCUGUUGCGAUCGAGAGUGAGACAGGAUCAGUCCUCAACUUGGAUCGAAAGAGUGCCGAAGAGCGAACAGCGUUGGCAAAUUCUCUCUUGGCACCGUCAACCGCUCAUACGCGCGGAGCGCGCCCGAAGAAGGUACAUCGACAUCUCACGAAUGGCGAUAUAGUUAUUAUGAACCGACAACCAACAUUGCAUAAACCGAGUAUGAUGUGUCAUCGCGCUCGAGUUUUGCCAGGAGAGAAGACGUUGCGCAUGCACUAUGCCAACUGCAAUACCUACAAUGCGGAUUUUGACGGAGACGAGAUGAACAUGCAUUUCCCUCAAAAUGAGCUUGCGAGAGCCGAGGCAGUCAUGAUCGCCGACACAGAUCACCAGUACAUUUCUGGUACAGCCGGUAAUCCUUUGCGUGGUCUGAUUCAGGACCACAUUUCUAUGUGCGUCUGGCUCACGAACCGAGAUCUGUUCCUGGAAAGAGGCGAUUACAUGAACCUUCUAUACGCCGCGCUCCGGCCAGAACACGGUCAUUGUGCCAGAGGUAAGGUCGAGACUUUGCCUCCAACCAUCAUCAAGCCCAAGCCCCUGUGGACAGGAAAACAAGUCAUCAGCACUGUGCUGAAGAACCUCAAGCCCGAAGGCUCAAGUGGUCUUACUAUGACUGGGAAGAGUACGACUGACAAGUCCAUGUGGGGUGAUGCUGGUAAGGAGGAAGGGGAAGUGAUAUUCCAGAAGGGUGAGCUGCUACAAGGCAUUCUUGACAAGAAACAAAUCGGACCGACCUCGCAAGGCAUCGUAAACGCAAUUUACGAGUGCUAUGGCCACACCAUCACCGGGAAAUUUUUGAGUGUUCUGGGCCGUCUCCUAACAAAACUUCUGCAUAUGCGAGCCUUCUCUUGUGGUGUCGAAGACUUGAUCUUCACGCGUAAGGGAGAAGAAGACCGCAGGAACGCACUUGCAGGGGCGAGCUCGGUAGGACUGGAGGUCGCCGCCAAGUACGUCUCCUUGGCCGACCAAAAGCCAAAGAGCGAUGAUCGGGAGCUCCAGAGGCGUCUUGAAGAUGUGCUUCGUGAUGAUGCCAAGCAGCAGGGUCUCGACCAGCUUACAAACGGAGCCACCAAAGAUCUCAGUGGAGAUGUCUCCAAGCAAUGUAUGCCUGCUGGUCUUGCGAAACCAUUCCCUAAGAACCAGAUGCAGACGAUGACGACUUCUGGUGCCAAGGGUUCGAAGGUCAACGUCAACCUCAUCUCGUGUAAUCUUGGUCAGCAGGUUCUGGAAGGACGAAGAGUUCCGAUCAUGGUUAGUGGAAAGUCCUUGCCUUGCUUCAAGCCCUUCGAAUCGAGUGUACGUGCUGGUGGGUACAUUGUUGAUCGUUUCUUGACCGGUAUCCGACCUCAAGAAUACUACUUCCACGCUAUGGCCGGUAGAGAAGGUCUUAUUGAUACGGCUGUCAAGACCUCACGCUCAGGAUAUCUGCAACGCUGUCUGAUCAAGGGUAUGGAGGGUCUUAAAGUUGAGCAUGACACGUCUGUGCGCCACACCGAAGAUGGAAGCGUUGUUCAAUUCUUGUACGGCGAAGACGGACUCGAUGUUGGCAAGGCCAAGUACAUGGGCGAGUUCAAGUUUCUUGCUGAGAACAACACUUCUUUGGCGAACGAAUACCGCAUGCAAGAGCAAUUCCCCGUUGUGCGAAGUGAGGAGGCACACGAGCACGUCAAGGCUGCGGUAAAGAAGUUCAAUAAGAGGAGAGACCUCGGUGCUUCUGACCCGACCCUAUCAUUAUACAAUCCUGCAAAGUACGCGGGCAGCAUAAGUGAGAAGCUCUAUCAAUCUGCUCGCGAAUGGGCUGAAAAGGACCAAGAUCGUCUGAUGAGAGACAAGAAGAAGAACCCCGAUGGUCUUAUUGGAAAGAAGAACUUCAAUGCCCUCCUCGACAUGCGGUACCUGAGAUCAGUCGUGGAGGCGGGUGAGGCAGUCGGCGUGGUGGCUGGCCAGUCAGUCGGAGAGCCGAGUACGCAGAUGACACUGAACACCUUUCAUUUGGCUGGACACGCCGCAAAGAACGUCACUCUCGGUAUCCCUCGUUUGCGAGAAAUUGUCAUGACAGCGGCUGCGAAUAUUGCGACGCCAACUAUGACUCUCCGCCUGAACGACGACAUUACAGCAGAGGAGGGCAAGAAGUUCGCAAAGGGUAUUAGCAAACUGUCCCUCGCAGAGCUUGUCGACAAAGUGAGCGUUACGGAAACAACUGGCAAGGGCAUUGCGUACGCCGAGUCGAAGAAGUACGAAAUUAGGCUGGAUUUCUUCCCGAGCGAGGAGUAUCAGAAGGAGUAUGCCAUCACCAUCCAAGAUGUCGUAGCCACCAUCGAGCAUCGACUACUGCCGCGACUGCAAGCUGCGACCAGGAAAGAGUUGAAGAAGCGCGGAGACGCAAAGUCUUUGAAGUCAGCCGCCAAGGACGACGCCUUACCCGAAGUCGGCAAAUCUGCCGGCCGUGUUGAGGAGGAGCGUGGCCGACUGGAAGGCGAGCGUGCUGGCGGCGACGAUGACUCCGAUGGUGAAGGCGACGAUGACGCCACCCGCGACAAAGCGAAGAGCAACAAGCAGCAAUCCGGCUACGAAGCGUACGAAGACGAAGAGGAGCAAGAUAUGCGGAAACGUCAAGCGACACCAGAGCCCGAAGACGGACCUGAAGAAGAGGACGAGACCUAUGGUGGCUCACCUCCAUCCUCCCCUGAACCGGGUGACGCUGGCAAGCUUCAGAAGUCUGCUGCAAAGGAUCGCGAAAAUCGCAUCAAGGGCGAAACGAAGACUAACGAUAUCGUCCGAUUCGAAUUUGACGAUAAGAAGGGAGCCUACUGCAAGUUCACGAUGGAAUAUGACUCCUCUUCAGCGAAGAUUCUCAUGCUGCAUUUCCUCGAAACAGCGCUGCAUCAGGCUCUCAUCCAGUCCGUCACUGGUAUCAGUGCGGUCAUGCUAGAUCACGAAGCGAGCAAAGAAGCAGGCGACGUCCCUGUCCUCGCCGCCUCCGGUGUCAAUAUUGCUGCCAUGUGGGAACAUCAGCACGUCGUCCAUCCGUACUACAUCUACACGAACAGCGUGGCCGACAUCCUGCGGCAUUACGGUGUUGAAGCCGCUCGUAACGCCAUUGUGCGUGAAUUGAAGGGCGUCUUUGGAGGUCACGGUAUCUCCGUGGACCCGAGACAUCUCAUGCUCAUUGCCGAUUACAUGACCCGUGGAGGCAGGUAUGAGCCUUUCAAUCGUAUGGGCUACAGGAACAAUCCUUCACCGUUCAUGAAGAUGAGUUUCGAGACUACGCUUGGGUUCUUGAGAGAUGCGGUUUUGGAAGGAGAUGAGGACGAUCUAAGAGGACCCAGUGCGAGAAUUGUUGCUGGCAAAGUCAACGGUGUGGGAACUGGUGGAUUUGAUGUCUUGCUGCCGCUUCAACGUGAAGAUACAGAUGAUCAGGCAGGCGGGCUGAUUGGAGAUUUGGAUGACGAUGAGGACGUGGAGAUGACGGGCUGA